AUUUAGAACUAGCGAUUUACAGCUACAACAACAUUUUUCAAUAGUACAGAUUGGUCUAGAUUGGUGGUCACCGAGGAUCUGAACCUUUUCUGAACUGAGAACAUGUUUACCGACAGCAAAUAUCUCACUUGCACGUUUUUUUCUCAUUUUUUCUAAAUACGCUGCCCCUCCCUCUCCCUCGCUCUCACCGCGCGCCUACGACAGCAUUAAUAGCCCUGCUCUCUGAUGCAUCACAAAGAGAAACUUCAAGACAUUGAUAGGAUAAGAGAGAUCAGACAAUGGAAUAUUCACACGGGCUGAGGUCCGCUAUUUUUCUGCUUUUUAUUUUUCAACAAUCCACAGGAUUCUGGCUCUUCAACGUCAUUUUCCCUCCUCCUGCCAAACCUCGCGCUCAAAGCAACAACACUUCACCACUUAUAAUAGUUCCAGGGAAUUUAGGAAAUCGUUUAGAGGCCAAGAUUGACAAGCCAAGCCUGGUACACUGGAUGUGCUACAAAAAGACUGAAGACUGGUUCCCUUUGUGGAUCGAUUUGAACAUGUUCAUGCCGAUUGGAAUAGACUGCUGGAUUGACAACAUCAGGAUUGUGUAUAAUAGGACAACUCAUAAGACCUCCAAUGCCCCUGGGGUAGAAAUCAGAGUUCCUGGAUUUGGACAGACGUAUUCUGUGGAGUUCCUUGACAUGAACAGACUGGCGGGUUAUUUCCACACCAUGGUGGAGCAUUUGGUGAAUAUAGGAUAUGUUCGUAAUCAGACUGUUCGGGCCGCUCCCUACGAUUGGAGAAUUGCCCCAAAUGAACAGGAUGAAUACUUUGCAAGUCUAAAAGACCUGGUGGAAGAGAUGUAUGACGAGUAUUCACAACAAAUCUACCUCCUGGGCCACAGCAUGGGCAGCAACUACAUCCUGUACUUCCUGAAUCAGCAGACCCAGGCCUGGAAAGAUAAAUAUAUUAAGGGUUUCAUAUCUCUAGGAGCACCAUGGGGUGGCGCUGUCAAACCACUCAGAGUCCUUGCCUCAGGUGAGAACGAUGGCAUUCCUUUGGUGUCCAACAUCAAGAUCCGUGAGGAACAGCGGAUGACCACCACAAACCCCUGGAUGAUUCCAUCUGAGCAGGCUUGGCCGUCGGACCAUGUUUUCAUCUCCACCCCAUCGUUCAAUUACACCAACCAGGAUUACCAACGCUUCUUCAAAGACAUUAACUUUGAUGAUGGCUGGUACAUGUGGGAAGACACUCGAAACCUUACAGCCGGUCUGCCCACACCUGGUGUCGAAGUGUACUGCCUUUACGGUGUAGGGCUUCCCACGCCGGUCACCUAUAUAUAUGACGAUCAGUUUCCAAACGCUGACCCCAUAGACAUGUUGUAUGACGAUGGGGAUGACACGGUGGACAGCCGUAGCAUGAGCCUUUGCAAACGUUGGGUAGGGAAGCAGGAACAACCUGUUCACGUGACUGAGUUCAGAGCUUUGCCCCACUUAGACAUUGUCUUUGACCACAAGGUUCUCAUGUAUAUCCAGCAAAUCCUAGAGGGCAACAUACAUGACCCAAAAAGGAAUGACACACCCACCGGAACAACGGAACCUCCCGCAGACAACUAGAAGCCGCUGAUUCCAACUCCGUAGUCGUGGGAGUCUGUUUUGUAGACACUGUCUUAAACUCUUAAACACAAUACUAAGUACCAACAGAAACUAAUGCAAUUGCAGACUUCGUACUGUAAGCCUACAAAAAAACAUGGAAGAAUGCAGAACAUAUAUACCAGUUCCACCUGCCCGACCAGUAUUUUUGUUUUAUAGAAGGGAGGUUGUUUUCCAUUCUGAUUUAUACACUUUUGUACGUUACAGAAACUGUCUGGUCUACCAUCCAUCACCACUUGAUAGUAUAUGGAUGAUAAUGAUAUAGUACAUACGGUGUGCUGUUACAUUCCUUUUUUCUUUGGAGGUUGAUACUUUUCAGAUCUGAUAUGGUGCCUAUAGAAAUUCUUGAUCCCCCGUAAAAUGCUUCCCACUUUUUGUUGUGUUAAUGUGUUUGUGACUUAAAUGCAUUUCAGUAAGUAUUUUUCCUAUUUAUUUAGACAUCUUAUCAUUUUGGGGAAGAAAAAAUAUAUAUAUUGCAAAUAUAAAACAGAAAUGUAGUAUUUGGGUAAGAUUCUAAUCUCUUCAUUUAAUACUUUGCUGAAGGAGCUGUUGGGACCACACACUAUCAGCUUUGCAGAUCUACAUUUCUCAAUAUUUCACCAUUUGUCCUUGCAAAACCAUUGGACAAACUCAGUGAAAUGUUUGGAGAAGAAGUUGGUUAUGGACAGUCAUGUCUUCAGACAAAAUGGCGCAUAUUUAUGAUGGGGGUUAGAGGGUAAAUUUAACUGGGCUGCUGGGGGUCUUAUAGGCUUUUUCAUUGCUUAACCAUUUCACCGUGGUUCUAGCUCUUAGCUUUUGGGUCACUGUCAUACUCAGAGUUGAACAUCUGCCCCAGUUCUUGUAUCUCUCGCAGAGGCCAACAUCAAGGAGUCGUGUGACCAUUAUACAAUUCAUUUUCCUUUCUGCCUUGCAAAGACACCUUUACUAGUCUUCACCACAAAAGCCUAUAAAAGACCUAUCAGCAUUUUCAGUUGCCUCUCACUCCUGUGUCCCUCCUUUCAAGUCAGUCAGUUUUGGUACAGGCAGAACAUUGAUUUUUGUUUGUUUGUUUGUAACUAAUUGGUUAAACAAGACAGGUUCGAUUUUUAUAACUUUAAGACUGGUUGGUAAAACAUAGAGCUAUACUAAAACAAAGAAACACAAACUUGUAUGUGAAUUUCUAAACCAAACGAUGACCCGGCUCUUAACCGCUGAAAAAAAACAUGCAGAAACUGACCCUCAUGCCGAGGUUCCUUCGGAGCCUUUGCUGUCUGGAUAAGAGCAAACUGAAAUUAAAAAACCCUA